AUGGCGAGCCUUCGGCUCACCGAUUCAAACCUGGUUCUCCUCCGGCCGUCCUUGGGCUCUUCUGCAUCUCCCUCUUUCCACGUGAAGCCGAGGCACGUAGCUCGUUGCCUCCCCCAGUCGCGUGUCUCCCCUAGGGCCUCUCUCGAUCACCCCUCCAAUUCUCCGGCGAAGAGUCGCCGCCAGUUCUUGGGGGAGGCUGCUGCGGCCGCCAUUCCGCUCUCCCUCGGGCCCUUGGUCAGCUUCCCUGAAGCGGCGCGGUCGGAGGAGGCCCCUCUCGCCGACUGGGAGAGGAUUUAUCUUCCGGUCAACCCUGGCGUCGUCCUCCUGGACAUUGCCUUCGUCCCCGACGACCCAAACCACGGUUCGUUCAUCCAUAUCUCUCUCUCUCUCUCUCUUUUCCUUUCGCUGUCCACGAGCUUGCCAUGAUUCCUGGACGUAAUCUACAUGUGUAGAGCAUCACUCUUUCAUCGAGUGAUUUGAAUCAGAAUCGCAGAUGUUCACGCGGAAUUGAGUCCGGAUUCAAGAUAAUGCCAUACGUAUUAUACGUCUAAUCGCUCAUUUUCAACGAGAUAUUAUAUCACUGUCUUGUCGAAUUUCCCCGCAUUGGUUUGCUUGUAUCCACGUGACUGUCUCAUCCCCAUCAUCAGCGAACGAAUAUAAGAAAUGUUCAUGGCUCACUUAGGGAAGGAGAUAUCAAUUUAUAGCUUUCUAUGUAUUGUUGCUGGCAUCGUGAAUCAGUAAAUCAUCCUCUGUGAUUGCCAUGCUCACAUGUUUGAUCUUUCCUCCAAACGAAUGCUGCAUUGCAAACCCAAUUGAAAACUAUGAUUGCUAAUGCCCUUGUUCUUGGUUUACUACAUAUUGGGUUUUACUUGGAAAACAUCAUCGCAAGCGUGAUCAGGGUUCCUCAUUGCCCAGGAAAUAUGGUUUCAUACGUAUAUUAUUUAACAUUUCUCUAGGAGGGAUUAGUUUGUUUUCUGAUGAUUGAUUGCGUCUAUGACAUUGUCUCGCAUUCUGAAUCCGGAGACUGAUUUAUUCUUUAUUAAUUCCUAUGGUUUUCGAUCCUUAAACAGGGGCUCAAUAGGCUCAGGACUAUCUAACAACUGCAAACUGUAAUCUAUUGAAAUUAGAUAAAUCGAAUGGGUUGCUUUUAUUCUGAGGAGGCUAUAUUCUUUUGUUUUGAUUUAGGGUUUCUCCUUGGGACAAGGCAAACUAUCUUGGAGACAAAAGAUGGAGGAAACACUUGGUUCCCACGAUCCAUCGCCUCUGCGGAAGACGAGGACUUCAACUACAGAUUUAAUUCCAUAAGCUUCAAAGAUAAGGAGGGCUGGAUUAUUGGAAAGCCUGCUAUCCUUCUUUACACUUCGGAUGCUGGUGAAAACUGGCAGAGGAUACCAUUGAGUUCUCAGCUUCCUGGAGAUAUGGUAAAGCCCAGUUUCCAUUAAUGGGAUGCUUCCGUGGAGCCUUCUUCUAAUAAGCUUUAUGUGUGCUGUUUUUGGCUUAUGUAGGUUUAUAUCAAAGCAACGGGGGAACAAAGUGCAGAAAUGGUCACUGACGAAGGAGCGAUUUAUGUCACAUCGAACAAGGGAUACAACUGGAAGGCUGCUGUUCAGGAGACAGUAUCGGCUACUCUAAACAGGUACACUGUAUUAACUGACCAAGAUACCAGUUUGUACUUAAUUGGGGAGACUUGUUGACAUUACAGCUGAAGCACCAGUUAAAUAUCUUUUCGGAUAUACUUACUCUUGUACUUUACGUCAUUAUUGCAUCAGAUCUCAUGUGAUUUCCUUUUUAUCGUGUUAUUAUGGUAUUCGUCCUGAUGAAUGUCUUCUCUUUUAUUCUGCUUUUUUCCCCUUCUCAGCGUCUUUAAAUAAAUAAAUAAAUUAAUUCUCCUUCUCCAGAAAGGAUCCCCUUCUUCUGCAGAUGAUUCCAUUUCUCACGGCAUGUGCACAAUCCUCUUGCAAAGCCUUCUUUCUGGAAAAUUAGCUUUAGUGAUGUGUGCGCCACUAACCUUAGGGAUGUAUCACUGCUGACACUAAAUGUGCGCCCAUACCAUAGCGUAAACUAAAUGGCAUUAGUGAAUGAACUGUAAACUAGAUGAGCUUUGGGUGCCUAUACGGUAUCUGGAUAGAGCAAACUAGGAUUGCUCUCGAGGAUGAGAAAGUGGGUCAAAUCGUGGUCGUUUGCUAUAUAGUCAGCUAAGUUCCUUUACAUCAGAAUACACCCAUGGAAUUUGCUAACUGGAGGAUGAGAUCGUUUGUUACAUUGUCUAAUCUGUGUAAUGUGUGGGAUCGUGAUGUUUCUAUAUUUGACUUCUUGAUGGGCUUUCUGAGAUCUGUGUUUUUCUUAGAAUUAUUGCGCACAAGUCUUCUGUACUUCACUGAAAAUGCUUCAUUUUCGGUAAACCAUGGCUUGGAGAGACUUAAAUUGUUAGUGAACGACUUGUACCAAUUGUAACUUUUAGAAUUAUUCUUCAGUCAUGAUGAAGUAACUUUUGGAAUGAACAGUGAAGAUCAAUGAACUCCUUAGGAAAUGGCAAGGGAACUGACAAGAAGGGAAGCAUAUUUAAAUGGGGGUUGCCAACGAGGUUGAUGGAGUGGGACUUGGGUAUUGAUUUAAUAGCCCUGAAAAUAAAGUCCUAGUAAACCAUAUUCUAUGUCUUAUGGGUCACAUGAUACAGAUCCAGUCCUCUUGUUUUUGUGAUUUGGUAGGCAUAAUAUUUUUUUUUCUUGGGGAUUAUUAUUGCUCAAAAUGGAUUUAAAUUCUUUUUGGGAGAGUUUUGUGGUCAAAUUAAAAUGAUUUUCUUUGUGGUUCAGACUGAUUCUGCAUGGAACGAAUGUAACACAUUUUUUCUCAAUAAUUUAAAUUGAAUUUCUGACCUCAUUCUGUGAUGUGAAAGAAUUCUUCAUGUAAUGCUACUUUUUGGUGCAUGUUUUCUUUAGAAAAAAUAUCGUGUGUCAUACUCGGUUUUAAACUAACUUGAACAGUAUUUCCUUUGCAGGACAGUUUCAAGUGGCAUUAGUGGAGCAAGUUAUUACACGGGAACAUUCAAUACAGUGAAUCGUUCUCCAGAUGGAAAAUAUGUUGCAGUUUCUAGCCGUGGUAACUUCUAUCUGACUUGGCAACCUGGACAGGUGGCUCCCGAGACCCCUUCAUUGAACUUUAUGCUUGUACAUAGCUGAUGACCGUAGAAGAUUCAAGUCACAGGAAGCUGUUUCCAAGAACUUUGCCAAGUUCUUGGAUUCUAAUUGAUUAUAGACCUAUGGCCUAUGGUAGCUGGUACUGGUCAUAAUCUCUACAGAUGACUGCCUUGUGUCCAGUAGCUGGGGUAUUAUAAUUCCUAGUUAGGAAUUAGGAUAUUUGUGGAUGCCUUGAAAAUGUGUGGUUUCUUCCAAGUUGUCGUAGACCUGAUACUGGAUUAUGGAAACGUGCUAUGUGUUUCCUUAGCUAAUGAGACAAACUUUAUUUCAUUUGUUCUGUCAAUCAGAUGCUAAUUACCCGAGAGACUUUCACCUCAGUUCAGGCUACAUAAUUAAAUGACGUCAUGAAAAGAGAUCAGAUCUAAGUAGAGCUAUUGAAUGCGAUGCCCUUUAUCUCCUUUGGUUUUACCAUAUUCCUUUUUUUUUUAAUUUCUUUGCUUUUAUGCUAUUGACUGAGAAAAAAUCAAGAAAAAAUGAUAAGAUUCAAAAGUGGGAACUUUCUCUUACUGAAAACAGCUGUAAAUCUCCUUGUUAAAUGGAUCGUCCCAUAGUCUGUUGAUCUGAUGGAAUGUAUCUAAAUACGUGUAAUAGUAUGUGCCAUCCAAGUAAAGAUAUUACCUUUUCUUUCAAGUAAACCUUGCUGGAAAGACAAUACCUCGUAUAUUGUCGUUGGGAAGAUGGCAGAAACCGAAAUUCAAUCUAUUCAGUUAGAUCGCGGGAGGUUAUGGUGAUUUGGCUCCUCAAGUGGACUUCUCUUCUUAAAAAAUGCAAUGAAGAAAUUUUCCUACCAUGACAGAGAGUGUGCACGUUAAUAGAUCCCUGUAUCUGAAGGUAGAAUUGUUCUCAUCCAGGACUAGUAUUCUGAAAUUACGGCCGAAAGGUGGUAGUUGAAAGGUGGCCGAUAUGCAUGGGAUGGUGUGAACUGACGGCUAUUGUGGGAACACUUCAGAAACGCGUUUGAUGGAAAGAUAGAGGGAGAAAAUGAGAUUCCCUAUCCUUGGAUUUUAGAUUAUUUGCUUUCAGAGGCUGAAGAUUUACUGAAGCUCUAUGAUUAUGAGUUUGAUUCAUGAAAUAAAGGCUGGUUCAAAAAUGAGGUCAAAUUAUAGUCACUUACGAGCAAAUUAUCUAACUGUGUAUCACCUUGAGCUGAUCCUCUCACUUAUUUUAUUCACCAUUGAAGGCUUUGUGAUUGUGAUCUUCUUUAAUGGAUAAAAUGGAAAGGGAUUAUUUAAUGAUGUCUCACACAAAUGAUUGAUUAGGUCGUCAUCACCACCACUGCCAUCUGCCAAACCCUGAUUAACCAAUUUUGGGGCCAUAUAUCCUCUUCUGCCACUCUAUUCCGUUUCUAUUCACCAGACCUAUUUCCGUAUCUUUCUCAUCUUCAUUCGAAUCAUUUUAUUUCUUCUUCUUUGCCCUUUCAACCUUUGCGGCUAAGAGAUCACAUCUUUUAUUGUUUUCUGUAUGUUUCAUCUGGUAAAAUAUCGAUUGAACCAUAUAGUUUUAAUUAUGCCGUCUUGCAUGCUUAUUGAUUGUGAAACCUCUCAUGCAAUCUCGUUUUUCCAAAGAACUAAACGCCAUGCUCUGCCAGUUAUGCGGCAAGAUCGUGAUUUUAUUGUCAUCACAUCCUUUCAUGCCUUGCAGCCAUACUGGCAACCACAUAAUAGAGCUGUUGCGCGGCGAAUCCAGAACAUGGGUUGGAGGGCUGAUGGUGGUCUUUGGCUCCUGGCCCGUGGUGGUGGGCUCUUCCUCAGCAAAGGCACCGGGGUAAGAGAAAUCACAAUAAAAUGUAGAACACCCAGAACUCUGUGCUCCAAAUACCGCCCCCAGAUGUAUAAAAACUGAAUUUUUCUGAACUGAUUUGAUUUCAGAAACGAAGAUGGGCCACGCAUUGAUUUAGAAAGUCUUUUUAGUUGAUAAUUCUCAUGAGUUGACCCCACUUAGUUGAUCAAUCUCGUGCUUUGUUCUGUCUGAAUUCGGAGCGUUUCUGAAAUGUUCCUCAAUCGCAGAUCAAUGAGGAAUUUGAGGAAGUUCCUGUUCGGAGCCGCGGCUUCGGUAUUCUUGAUGUCGGAUAUCGCUCAAAGGUAGUGAGUGAAUGAUUGCGUUCUCAGAUUCGGAUUUCGUAGAGCCAGAACCUGCACAGUGCUGCAUCAGCGCCCUGUGCUAAUGGAUGGGCUGAUGAUUUUGACUUCAAUCUACCAGGAUGAAGCGUGGGCUGCCGGCGGCAGUGGUGUUCUGUUGAGAACCACAGAUGGUGGGAGGACAUGGAGUCGUGACAAAGCUGCGGAUAAUAUCGCCGCCAACCUUUAUUCUGUAAAGUAAGUGACUUUUUCCCCCACUGGGCAUUUCUUCCAGAUAAUUUCCUCAUUGGGUCUCGUGUCAGAGAGAGUCCAGGAUGCCCUCUCUCUCUCUCUCUCUCUCUCUCUCUCUCUCUCUCCCCCUCCCUCCCUCCCUUCAUUCUUGAAGAGUAGCAUAGGUGGUCUUGUGUAAUAUCUUGCCGAAUUCUCAAUUCACGUAUACGAUUAAUUAGUCUUCCCAUAAAUAGAGGUCAGUUUGUCCAAUGGCGUUGACUUCAUGUCUUCAUCGGACUCUAUGCCUUGUUUUACGAUGGACUUUCAUCACUUCAUCUCUCUCCCGUCUUCAGGAGUAGAAUCAGCACUCCAAAUUCACAGAUAUCGCAAGGAAUCCUCUUCGCAAUUGUGAAGAACCAUGGUAGACUAUUGUUGACUUCCAUGCCAGAUUGACUUUUGGGUCUCUUUUCAUCCUGCCCUUGAAGCACUUCAUCUCUCUUACUUCAAUCUUCAUGAGAAGAUUCUGCGUAGACAUCCUGCUGGAUUCUUCAAGGGAAUCUUUCCAUUAGUAGUGUUCUCAAUCAGUGUUGACUUCACCAUUAUGUUGGCCUUUUCUUUGCAUACACCUCCAUCACUUCAUCUCUCUCACUUGACUCUUCAGGAUUUGAAUGGGUGCUAUUAUGGAACAUCUUACUGAAACUCUCAAUGCACGGAAAUAAUGAGGGAUCUUCCCAUGAGUAGCAGAUAACUUCCUUUAAAUUAAAUUUGCGUUGACUUUUUUGUGCACUGCUUGGGAUUCAUUUGGAUUGCCUGAAACCAACAACUUGGCUUGAAUGCAGGUUUGUCAACGAUACCAAAGGAUUUGUGCUGGGAAAUGACGGCGUGUUACUCCGAUAUCUUGGAUGA